UCCAUCCAGCGCGGGGACUCAAUGGGACAAAAAAAAGGGAUGCUGCAAAAGCUAUCAUCACUUGAUAGCACUUUAGGUACCUCUCCUAGGUCGUCUAAUAGUUCCCUCUGCUAGGCCGCAUACACGCACGCACAGGGAGAGAAAGAGGCAAACUUUGCCGCAAUGGCGAGGAUGUCGGUUGUUUCCGCCCUCAGGGCGGCUGCCCCUCGAUGCGCCGGCACGCAACAAAGGCUGUUCUCGCACACGGCAGUCACUCGCAAAUCUCAUCAUGUCGUCACAUUCACAGAGACCUCCUCGACCGAGCUCGACUCGCUGCUCAACACGCUGCGAGAACAGCGCAUCCUUCCAAUGUAUCUCUCGCCCGAGGAGCGCAAAAAGAUCUACCGGGAGCGCAACUACCAGAAGCUCAAGAACGAUCCGCCGACAGUGACCAUUGAUGGGGAGGUGCACAAGUUCUACUACACGGACAAGCACAAGGAUCUGGUCGAGGUGCGCAGGACGGCGAUUCAGGCCAUCAGGCUGAUGAAGACGGAUGAGGACUGGGCGAACUUGUCGCGGCUUCUCACAGGCCUGCACCACAAGGCCAAGAUACAUUGGUGGAGGCCCGGCAGGGGCGACUUCCCCAAGCUGGCCCGCCAGGCUGGCACUCAGGAUCGCAUCUUCACCAUCAUCGAGUGCGCCCGCCAGGUCGACUCUACGGGCUUCAAGCUGGACGACCCGGAGCUGAUCGCCCAGAUCAUGUACUGGGUGCAGUGGAAGGCAUUCGCUGGCUUCGCGGCUCCUUCUUUCGAAGAGGCCGCAGCCAAGGCCGCGUCGGGCAAGGCCUGGCCAGACGUCAACAUUACCCGCAAGGCCCUCCUCUGGGCCGAUAUGGUGGUGGAUAUGCUGCAGCUAGAUGCACACCAGCCAUCAGUGCCACGAGACGAGCAGCUGGCCGCGCGACGAGCCAAGCAGUUGGAGUAUUCCAAACGCAUUGGCGAUCCAAACUCAGUCGUUGCGCAGCCGGAGCAGCCGGCGGAGCAGCCGGCAGAGCAGCCGGCAGAGCAGCCGGAAGAGCAGCCGGCGGAGCAGCCGGAAGAGCAGCCGAAGGGCUUCGCCCUACGGGACGACCCAAUGUGGAUCCUUCCGCAGCUGCACCUGGCCGCCGCGCUUGUUGUCAAACACAAGUUACCAGAAGAGGAGGCCGACGGGUUGCGCAAGCGUGUCACGCAGCUGUCCAACACCCUUGUAAAGCGCUGGCCAGCAGGGAGGGGCCUCAGCAGCCUGCCCUUGGCAAAGGACGCACACGAACUGAGGUUUUCGUUCCUCAAAUAUCCCAACAGCAUCAUUCGCGAAGGAGCACUUGCCCUCUCCGCCCUAGACCUUGCCAUGGGUGUGGUUGAGCCGGAACUCGCUGCGGAGCUCAAGUCCCGACGAGAUGCAACAUCUGACGAGGUCGACAACGCCCUGUCGCAACCGGCUGACAAGCAGCACACUGGCCGCCUCGUGCAUGACAUCUUGCAUGGUACACACCACGUCCUGCCCACCUCCAAGACGUGAAUAGGGGGUUUGAUAGCCGGGGUGCUAUUGCGGUUCGAAAGUAUGGAGGAGAAGUGAACACACAUGGGAGGGCUCCCAGGAUCCUCUUAGUCACUGGGUUGCAUUGGUCGCAAGACCAGACCAGACGGCCCUGAUCGGGUGUCUGCUGUAAAACCACGUCAUGUCUGAAUUGUUUUUUUCUUCUUCGUCUUCUCUUUCCCUUGUGCUGUUCACACUCCCCAUGUCCCUACCCUAGAUGUUGAUGCACGUGUGCACAUGUAUACAAGAGAUGGCAGAUAUCAGGUAAUUUGCGGAGGCCAAGAAAUGUGGUAUAAAGGGGGCGCAUAAAAGAUCUCUAAGAAGAGGGUUCUCAAGGCAGGACAAUGUACUUCUCGAGGUGCUUCGGGACAGCCGACAGCAGUCUCUUCUCCUCAAGCC